GCGUCACUACCGAGGAUAUCAAAAAGCAUUUUCUGACAAAAGUCAGCGAAGUUAUAAGUGUCAGAAUUCCAACUAAACCUGGAUCUAACACACCACGUGGAAUUGGAUACGUAGAAGUAACGAAUGAUAAAGAUUACGAGAAAGCACUGUCUUUCCACAAUACCAUUCUCAAAGGCCGCAGAUUAAACGUGGAGUAUACAAAAACCGGAUCGAAGAAUGUUCGCAACAACAGCGACGUCGUAGCGAAGAAUAAAAAAUUGCAUGCACUUCGUAAGGCGGGUGUACUCGCGGGAAGUCAAAAGCAUGAUCAGAAGCGCAGCGUUCGCAGAGCAAAGCACAUCAAGGCCAACUGAAAUGUUGCUUAAUUCUGUAAGAUCCGAAAAAGCAUGCGAGUGCAAUUUAAUUUUUGCAUCAGUCACCUCUGUUAAAUUGUAUAAUUACAUGUAAAACAAAUAGCACUGUAUCUUUUAUCUGUUAAGUGCGUUGACAAAGCGUAACACUGUCAGUAUAUUGGACGUUGAAAAAACAGGCACGGAAAAUAAAUAACCAUAAUGCGCCAAAACCCCAAUUAUUACGGUAAUCAUAUUUUCCAUUGAUCCCACACGUAUAUACUUUUAUCCUGUCAAAGGAAAUAUAUAAUUGCUAGUUUCAUUUUAUAUUCGCAAAAAAAUACACGCAAACAAUAAACGUACCCCUGGUGGGACUCGAACCCACAAUCCCCGGUUUAGGAGACCGAUGCCUUAUCCAUUAGGCCACAGGGGCUGCUCAUGGCCAUCGAGUUAAUAUAAUAAUGAAAGAAAUCAUUAGAAUUACUUAGCAACAAUUAACAACUGGUGUUUAUCAGCAAUUAUUUUUAACCAUAUUCAUAACUGUCAAAAAUUGCAAUCGCGGAUGGAACGCACAUGAGGUCGGUUCUUCAGAGAUAAUAUAACAUAACAAGAGGUUAUCCGGAACAAUUAAAUGAAUGACUAGAAAAUUAUUAAUAGAACUGUGUAUAACUGAAUAUUAAAAUGCCUCCUAUUAAGACAGGGAAUAUCACUAAAAAGGAAAACGACCUUUUUGAUAUCGAAGACCAUGUCAAGUACGAGGACUUGAUUGAAGAUAAAUUACCAGACCAUCUCAUAUUUCCAGAGCAAUUAAAUACAUAUUUGAGAGAUCGUAUACGUGAUCUGACAGCAGAAAAUGGCUGCCUUCGUCGAGCUUUGGAGGAAGUGGAGGAGAAAUUACAAAAUUUACGAAAGUUAUCGGCUCAAGAUAUUCCUGUCACUGUUGGAAGAGCUAGUGAGACGGCUGCAGCUAAGAUAAUAGAAUUGAGUAAAAAGUGCAGAGAACAGACUGCAGAAAUUGAAGUUUUAAAGACAAAAUGCAAGUCACUCGAAGCGCGUGUGGCCAACAAGGAAGCAGAGCUUGAACAUGAGAAAAUGAAAAAGAAAGGAAUGUCACAGAGAACCACAAGCGCUCUUAACGAAUCUAUUAGCUUUGAAGAUCAAUUGAGAGACAGAGAAGAACAAAUGAAACAGCUAAAUGAGAAGCUUCAGCAAGUGAAUGCUAAGCUUUACGAAUCGAAAAAUACGUGCACUUCCUUAAAACAGGAAUUAAAUAAAGCCCAAAAGUUACUGUGUAGCGAAGUAGGUGAAAAUGUUACUGUAACAGGAUUAAUUAAUUAUCCUGGGGGUUGGAGGGGGAGGGCCGAGCAAGUGCAACAAUUGCAACAGAAGCUUACAGAGUUACAAUGCAAACUCAGUGAAUACGAAGGAACGUCAAAAGGAUCGACAGUAUCAAUCGAACAAAGGAACUUGGCUAAUCUAAGGAAUAUGGAAAAGGAACGCAGACAGCAGAUUGAAAAUUCGGCAAAAGAAUUGAGGCAGGCGGAAGUGGCUUUGGAGACAAGCAAACGGAAACAGGAUGCAGCAAGGGCUAGAAUAAAAGUUUUGGAAAAUGAAUUGAACACUGCAAAGCGGAGUAUAAUAUUAUUGAACGAGAAACGAAAUCAUGACGAUCAAUUGAUCGAGGCCCUGAACAAUCAGCUCAAAGCCAUAGAGGGUCGAUUUCAAGAUCGAGAAUCGCUAUUACAAAAGCAAUAUGACAAAUCUGAACAAGAAUGCGUUAGAUUGACUACCGAGAUCAAAACAGUUCAAUUAACUGUUGAACAGCUUCAACAAAGAUUACAAGAACGCGAAGUGGAAAUUGAUUCACUGAAAGGAAGUACUGGGUGUACAAAUAAGAAAUGGUCUCCUAAACAAAAUCAAAAUAUAUACGAAAGUCCUUUGAGUACAUCGAGAAAUCUUAAAGAUCCAAACGAGUAUGUUACACUGAGUAUAGCGGCUGAGGCCGAGAGGGAAAGAUUAUUAGAAUUAGUAAUAAUUCUAAACAGACGAUUAGACAACGAAAGAGCCGAAACAGAUCAUUUAUCCGAAACGCUGCGACAGGAGCGAAACAAGUGUGCAAAGCUCGAAACGAAAGUUCAAAAAUUUGAAAUGGAGAGAGUGGGUAUGUCCAAAGUCAAUACAGGAUACAAAAUAAGAUCUAGCAAGAUCGCCAAGGCAUCGUCAAAUGAAAAUCAAAGUAACGAAGAAAUGCGAUUCAAGUUAGAAUUACUCCAGGAAGAAUGUCUAGCAUUAAAGGCAAGAUUGGCCACGAUACAGCAGGACAAAGCUGCUGAUUUAAUAACCUAUAAACAAAUGUUAGAUCAGGCAAGAAAGACUUUCCAGGAUGCUUAUAGAGAGAAACCAUCGACGAGCGGAUGUCAUUCGACAAUGACAAUUUGACAAAGAAAAUCAUUUAGAUGUCACAACAAGAGAACAAGAAGUUAUGACACCAAUGUUUUUCUUUUUACCGUAACCGUUCCUUUCAUCUCGUCUAUCGCUUUACUUUACUUUAACAAAAAAGAUGUUGUAAUUAAGAGAUUCCACUGAUGAUAUGCACCUUAGAACACAUGCUUAACAGUGCGGUUAAUUUUAUAUAACAUGUUGACACAAACACUGUUUACACCUCGAGAUAACUUAUGCCCUCAUUUGAAUGCCGUAAAUUCCUCUUGACAAGAUUUAGGAAGACCAAGAUUGUGAAACAAUUGUUUGAUUUACAUCAACGACCAACAAGCACGUCUUUUGAGAAAGAGGAUCACAAGAAUUCAUGCAUGCACGUUAACACGUACUCGGUGGUAGACUGAGUGAAACAUUAUAAAUUCCAUUUAAAGCGACUUCCAACAGACAAAGAGUGUCGCUACAAUAAUUAAUGGUAUCGCAGACAAAAAAAAAAGAAGGGAAUAAAAAAUAAUUCACAUUCUUUUAAAAACGCGACGUGUUAACACUACACACAAAAAAUGUUGAAAAUUGUCUCAAAUGCAUUUCGACGUGAGGUUUACUUUUGAUUAAUAAAUCAUUUUUAUGGGUUUUAGAAGAGCUCGAUUCUUGAAGGUAACAAUAAGCACGCAAAGAAAUUGGUCGUCAUUGAUAGAUCUGGCACGAACACUUUUGUACCUGUUGGUAUAAGCUGUGGCUCACCAUAUAUACCUUGGCUUCCAAUAGACACAGAUGAGAGAGUAUAGCUGUGUGGGAUGAUAAGAAACAUACCUGUGACGUCAGAUCGCACAGGUAUAUGAGGCAACGCAGAGAGACGUCCACGUCACUUGUUCUUGCGCUUCCCGUUUGUUCGUUUUCACAUCGCAACACUCUAACACGCCCAAAAAGAGUCGUCGACGUUGUCAGAGCGAUUUUUAUUUUUUGACGUCGUUUCGACAAGCCGAACGGUAUUAGAAACUGGAGGGAUCAACGAUAAAUUCGUGAGACGGAUUCGUUACAUUACCUGAAGAAGAUUCGUUUAUACCUUGGUGGCCUAAUACUAGCGGCUGCGGGGUGAGUGAAUUACUUAAGGGUGAGAAAGUGCAGUGGAGACAAAUUUUGUUUUCUUUAAUAAUCUUUGUUCUUACUUAAGUAAAAUCAUGACUUAUUAGAUGGAGAAUACUUAGAAAAUUUUUGUUAAGAUUUUUCGAUUGAUAUUAUUAUUAUUAUUAAAUAUUAAAAUACAUGAAAAUGGACAUUAAUUCGUUUUCGAUUUUUAUUAUUCGGUCUCUCAAGCUCAUACGUAUGGAUAUCUGAUUUAAGUAUUGUCGAGGAAUAUUAUAUUUUGAAAUUUUGAAAUUUUUCUUUUUUUAUAAACUAUUUUAUCUCGUAAUAAAGGCGUGGAAUUCACGUGAUAAUACCAUUUACUAUAUCUAUAGUAUUCAGUUUCGAUUUCACCUCGCUAAUAUGUUUUUCAUGUGCAAAUUCGAAGGAUACGCCUUAUGUGUUCAAAACAGGUACCCGAUCGACGGUAGUAUCUCAUUAUGUAAUAUUUACAGAAUAAGUAGUUAUUUUUGAGAAUAAUUCAAAAUACCUGGCAUACCACUAAGGCGUUUAUGCAUCCGUGAUUAGAAUCUUGAUUAGCUCGAGAUUGUAAUAACGAAAAUUCAUUAACAAUAUAAAUCUCAGCACAGUCAUGCGAAAGAUAAAUUUCACUUUGGAUGAAACCAAAAAAUCAAGUGUUACGAAAGGCUCUUGCUUUUCGUUAGGGGAGAAGUACCUGUACCGAAAUACUGUUAUCAACGUGUUAUCAUAUCGCGUUGGCUAGUUGAUAAUGAAAUAUCGUGGGCCCCUUUCGAAAAUGAUAUUAUAUCCGAUGUCGAAUACUAAAGAUAUUGAGAGGCGAUCGAUUAACGGCUAAUAAAAGUUAUGAAAGAAGAAUAAAAGAAUUAUAUUACGUCGGGAUAAAAUUCAAAAUCAAUUAAAAGAUAUUAAAGCAAUAUAAAAAAACUUUUCUAAAAGGCAAUAAAAAGUAAGAAGUUACUUAUACACGUUGAUCGAAUCGAAUAUAACUGAUAAAUAAAUUUUUUAAGUAUCCAAUGCUGAAUGUCUAUCAGUUAGCAAAAUGACGACCCAAAUAUUGCGAACGUAUUUCCAUGAUUCAAUUUAAUUUUGUCACGCUAUCAUCGUCUUGUUACUUAUAUAUAUUUUUAAAACUUUUAACAGCAUUUCGUCUGCGCCUUUCACAACCAUUUCUAAUAUUUCUUAUCGAUACAGAAAAACGACGUUCGCUUAUCAGUACAAUUACACAGCGCAAUUCUAUUAUUCCUCUUUUUUUCCAUUACUUUUUCUUUUAUCAUCCAAUAAUAUCGACAAAGAUGAUGGCAAGGCAAAGCAUCGAAGGAGGAUCACUCAUUAUGAAAAAAAAAGAAAAAUGUAAUUGUAAAAAUUUUUUAAUUCAAUGAUCCAAUCUACAAAAUCUGAUAUGCAACCUUUUUAACUCGUGGAAAUAUUAUAAGCAUUAAAAUUUCAACUUCAUCCGGUUGGCUGCUCAUUAAAAAUCUUCCAUCUUGUCCCAGAAGACAUUCGGCUGUUUAAGCAGUUGCUGGUAACAGGUAUACUUGGAUUAUUGUUAUAUUCGUCGUUCAACCUCCAGCCAUAACAUUUUCUACGGAUAUAUAGUACCAUCGUACAAUAUAAGGUCGAUGACCUCCUGGUUGAUUAGAACCCUGCAACCGACAAUAUCGAGUCUGUAUUCUUGGACAUUAUUAUGCACGUACACGGAACACGUAUGGAACGAUACACAUUACGUGCACCAUGGACACUAAAUGCCAUAAAAACAUGAAGGUGUAAGAGGUUGAUUCUGCAAGGUAUAUACAUACAGUAUGGAAACUUAGCAUAUACUAGGUAUAUGCAUAUAUAUUAUAUGUGUAUAUAGAUUACCUAUGCCAGAGCACGUUUCUUGGACCCUUUCUCUGUCUUUUAUUCUAGUUCUCUUUAUUUGACUUCAUGUUACCAUGCCGGUGCGCUUCUAACGUUUCCAGCUUAGUCUAUAAGACGUGAGUUUAUCGUGCGUACCACCCACAGGUUAGGUAUCGUAAAGUAGAUCUUGUAAAAAGAAUUUAUGAAAUUAUUAAAGUAUAUACAUUUUGUGAUUGUACCUUAAUUCGGUCGUGGAAAUAAUAGGAGAUAUCUUUACGCAUAUAUAAUUGCUAAGAUGUCUUUCUACAUUAUGUAUACGCAUAAGGAUUGCGUAGUAGGUGUAAUUAAAUGAAAUCUGAAUUUAUGAGGUAGACUUGUUAAACAGAGAAAAAGUUAACGUACAUGGUGGCUUCCUCAGUUCGGUGCCGCCGGCACCAGACAGCAAAUAAUACCGAGAGAUAUCAAGACGUGAUAACGAUAGCCCAACACAAUAAAAAGCAAGAUGGCGCUUGGUAAAAGAUGGCGAUGUUACCCAUAUCGCAAACAGCUCCUCUUAAUUAUCACGAUAACAAUAGGUUUACUGGAAAUGUUAAUUGCACUAAAACAAGCAUAUAUUAUUGAUCUGGCGUCGUGAUGGAAUUAGUCCACGUUCUUCUUUAUAGAAUUAAAUAAAUUUUAUAUGUCGAUCGCUAUUGAUGUACUUGUGAUUUGAAUUUGAUGAAAUAAAUCGAUUGUGCUUGAAAAAUA